CUACUAUGUUAGUAGUAUUGUGGCUCCCACGCCAAAUGGAGUCGCCUGCUGUCACGGCGACGUGCUGAGACGACGACUCCUUUUUCUACUAUUUUUUUUAAUAAAGUUGUGUACAUUAAAUAGUCUUAAUAAUGGCUAAAUCGGUGCUGGGCUCGGACACCAUGCCGAAGGCUGGCCGUGUCAACGAAGUGUGUAGGGAGUGGUUGGUACAUGAGGAUGGAGCAUUGGCCUAUCGUCUACAAGAUGAAGAAAUUAAAGAACAUUACACACACAACAAAGUUCGCAAUGCCCAGGUGAGAGAAGAUCUUCCCAAAGCUAGAAUUGAACAAGAAUUAGAAAAAUUAAGAUAUCAAUCUAUUGUACAAGAACAAGAAGAACGAGAUGCCUUAAUCGCACGCCAAAUAGCCUUAUCAUUAGAAAGAGAAGAACGAAUGAGGGAGCGAGAAUUAAGAGAACAAAUGAGAAUGCAGCUUCGACUCGACGACGAAGCGGCAAGAUUAGAAGCCGAGCGAGAAAUCGAGAGGCGUAUCCAAGAAGAAAAGGAUCAGGAAUUAGCGCGUAAACUUCAAGAAGAAGAAAAAGUAAAUACUGAUUCUCACGAUGGACCAGUGAUGAACGAGCAAUUAUUAAUAGAUCACAAAAUAGCAAUGGAAGCUCAAGAUGCCGAGCUUGCAAGAAUGUUACAAGAAAAAGAACGAGCUAAAGCAAAAAGAGCUCGAGAAAGGGCGAAGCAAAAAAAGUUGGAGCGACAACAGCAACAACAAUUGGAAGAGGAGCAAUCGUCGGUCGCAAGUGGAAGUCUCGAGAGACCACCAAGACCAGAUAAACUUGAAAUAAGAUCGAGUGUAUCGCCAAAAAGUCGAUCAUCCAUGUCACAUCAUAGUCGACAGACAUCCGAUCCCGAAGAGAUCCGCAGUUAUCCCGAAUCGGGUGACGAAAUCGAAUCAAUUUCGUCCUCAACAUUGACUCAACGAAACGUGGCCGCUAUGAUCGAUCCAACAUACAACGGCGCAAUAACAUCUACAGCAUCGAGCGGGGGUUCCGGGGCUGUAAGUCCGACGUACAUGAGAGACACUACCUUAGAAUCUGUCGAUGAACCGAUUUCAGCAGCUUGUUAUAUGCCUGUACCAGGGACCCGCCGUACUAAUUAUUCCGGGCUUCCGAAUUAUUCACCUUCACAGACUCAAGAAGAAAGGCAUAAACGUCGCGUGAAGGACAGCUGUAGACAGCAGUGAAAUAGAUAUUAUCGAAUCAUACAGAAAUUGAUUUUUUUACUAAGAGUAUCUAAGAUAUAUCAAAUCGUCAUGACUUUACUAGAAUAAAGUAUUAUGUCCGGGUUGUCAUCUAUUGAGAUUUAUCGUUAAUAUAAUUCGUUAAACAUUUUUAUACAAUGUCCAAUUAAACUAAGCAGUGCUUUAAUUGAAUCAUGGAAAAUGUUAGAUGAUUAUCAAAAAAUUUUUGUAAGUGUAACAUAUCGAGUAUGUCAUAGGUUUUACUCAUUACUUCAAAUGUUCAAUAAAAAUCGUGAUAAAAUUUGAUCCAAAAAAAACUUAAACAUUAAAAAAAAUUAUGUGA